AUGUGGAAUCCGGCCCUUCACCUCCCCAGAGCUGCUCGAGGCCCCCCCCCAAUUGGCUGCAUCUGCGCUCACGGCUCGAGACUCUCUGCAUCUCAGCUCCCCACACUGCUACCGGUACCAAUAGCGUCGUCCGCGCGCCAACGUCGCUGCUUCCACGACUACUUCAUCACGCACAUACCGUCGACGUCUCUGCACCCGGAUUCGCGCCCGCAGCCUGCCCUACACCACAAGCUUCCACGCGACAAAAGCACACCGUACGAUGCACAGGACUCCAAUCGGUCGCCGGCAGCCGUCGUGGGCACGUCGCGCGAAAUGACGGUUGUGCGGAUACCACUCAAGAGCGCCAAACACCACUUUGGAGUCUCCUUGUCACGUGGCACGCGACCUUAUAACGAGGAUGCGUUCCAGGCAGGCACCAUCGACAUUCCCGCAUUUGCAAAGCGAAGGCCCAUCUCAUUGACACGGGCAGGACGAGCAGCCAAUGGUGGUGAGGUUACGCCGGACCCCAGUGUGAGCGGAGACCCCCAGGUAUUUUAUUUUGGCGUCUUCGAUGGACAUGGCGGUGCCGAGUGCUCAGGAUUCCUCAGGGAGCAGUUGCACGAAUAUGUGGAGAAAGCGAUGCAGCAAUUUGAGCUGAAGAGCAGCCUACAGAAAGGAGAGAAGGACAAUUGGCCACCAUGUGGCGUAAGAGCCAAGGACAGCGGACCGACUUCAGAUCGCGUGAAGAAGGACAAGGACAGCUUGGAAGCCAUCCAGAUGCAUACACCUCCAGGCACGCAGCCUUUAAAGCCUCCCACCACUGGAACGAAGGGCAAGCUCCCUCUCGCAGGCUCCGAGUCCAAAGAAGGAGCCAUUGACGGUGUUGCCUCGGUGAAACAGUCUGACAGCCUACAAAAGGCCGAGGAACUGGAGCAGCGACUUGUCAAGGACUGGAAAGAGCUGGUAGGGGGCUAUUUCAGAAGAUUCAAACCCGAAUUCUUCUCCACAGCGGCUGGCGGUCAGGGUCACCCGGCCGAGAAGGAAGCCAACCGGAUGCAGGGCUCAGACAAGACGGCAGUUAGUACCAACGAUGGGAUUGGCAUUGAAACAGUGCUGGAGUAUGCGUUUCUCAAAGCGGACUACGAUUUUGUUGCUGCGCAAGUGGGCAAGGAGGAAGAGGACCCUGUUCGAGCCGACAAAGCACUGAAUGCUGAUGACAUUCUGGGGCACCCAUCACGGACGAGCAAGAACAUUGGCGGCUCAAGUCGAUUCAAGGGUGGGAGCACAUGCAGCAUCGCGCUCAUAUCGACGCCUACCCCCUCGCCGUUUUGGCAUCCUUCUUCGCCCUCAUCGCUCAUCACUGCACACGUAGGUGACACGAGGAUUCUCUUGUGCAACACGGCGACUGGACUGGCGGUUCCGCUGACGUCGAACCAUCACCCGUCAUUGCCCGAAGAAGCCACCCGGCUCCGGCGUUUUGCUGCCGCUUUUGUCACGGACUCUUUUGGUGAAGAGCGCAUAUCCGGGCUUGCGAAUACGCGUGCCUUUGGCGACAUGGCGUCGAAGCGGGUGGGUGUGUCUGCUGAGCCGGAGAUACGACGGAUAGAACUGUUGCCUGCCGAAUACUCGUUCCUCGUCCUCUGCUCUGACGGCGUUUCUGGCCACCUCUCGGAUCAAGAGAUUGUGGAUAUUGUGAAGGAGGCAAAGACACCGGAGCAGGCUGCGAGAGACGUGGUCAGCUUUGCAGUUGAGACGUCGAGCAAUGACGGGGCAGACAAUGCUACUGGCUUGGUAGUGCGGCUAGGGGGAUGGGAGAGACGUGGUGAGGGGGGCUUGGGAAGUCUCGGUACGAAAGAGAUGCGGGACUGGAGGAAGCAAGAGGCAGAGGACCCUCGUGCGGGUAGGAGGUGA